AUCCUGCGCAGCUUCCUUCCUCCGUCUCUCCGGAGCAUCUCUUUCCGGGCACAGUUAUAUCACUAUAUUCAGGCCAUUGUAAGCUCUGUACCUUCCAGCAUUUUCUCCGUUGCACAUUGCCGGUUUACAGGUCGUCUUUGAAGAUGAAAGGAGCGAGGAUGGCCGUGGUUUUGAGCGUGCUUCUGGCUAGUAUCUUCCUGGCUGAAGCAGCGCGGAACAAGAAAGACACCAGCACCCAGAACAGCUUCAGAAGGGCGGCCAGCGGCUUCUACCAAACACUCAGCAAUGUCUUCGGAGAAGAGAACAUCAGGGCUCUCUACAAGUUCUUUUCAAAGACAACAGAGAGGUUUGUUCAUGGAGUUGAUUCAUUAUUGGACACCUUGUGGAAACUCUGGGUGGAUCUGCUGGAUGUUAUGGGGAUUGACUCCUCUAACCUGACUCACUACUUCAGCCCAUCAUCCGUAUCCAGUUCUCCGGCUCGUGCUCUCCUUCUGGUGGCAGCCUUGCUGGUAGCUUACUGGUUCCUGUCCCUGUUCCUGAGCGGCUUCUUUUACAUCCUCCAUGCAGUGUUUGGCCGCUUCUUUUGGCUGGCACGUGUGGCUCUUUUCGCUCUCUCGUGCCUGUACAUUUUGCAGAAGUUCGAGGGUGACCCUGAAAAGGCGGUGCUGCCACUGUGCUUCAUCAUGGCAGUGUACUUCAUGACUGGACCGGUGGGAGCGUACUGGCGGAAAGGGGGCGGAGCCGGAACUCUGGAGGAGAAGAUUGACCACCUAGACACCCAGAUCCGCCUUCUCAACAUUCGUUUGAGCAGAGUGAUUGAAAACCUGGAACGCUCAUGUGACCAAUAAAGGGAUGGGAUUUUGCCCCAGGCUAAAACUGUGUCCUAACCAAACGCGAUGUGAUAACAUUCCAGCGACAAGCAAUUUAUCUGUCCACACUGAACGCAAAACUGCUGUAUGACAUGGCACAAUCACAGCCAAUCAGAACAUAUUUGAUGUGUAAUAUAAAGUUAUGAGAAGUGGGAUUUUGGACCAAUGGGCGAGGCUUCCCAGUGCAAUGCCCCAGAAAUAGAAACCAAGUGAUCAGCACAGUAUGUCGCUUGUGCUGUUGUGACUGGUUAGGACAAAAACUCUGAUUAACAUGGAAGAAAUACCUUUUAUCAGGGGGCCUGGGUAGCUCAGUGGUAAAGACACUGGCUACCACCACUGGAGUCACGAAUUCGAAUCCCAGGGCGUGCUGAGUGACUCCAGCCAGGUCUCCUAAGCAACCAAAUUGGCCCGGUUGCUAGGGAGGGUAGAGUCACACGGGGUAACCUCCUUGUGAUCGCUAUAAUGUGGUUCGCUCUCAGUGGGGCUUAUGGUGAGUUGUGCGUGUAUGUUGCGGUGGAUGGCACGCACUAUCCUGUAAUAUUUGUAAUAUCUCCGCGGUAACACGCUCAACAAAUCACGUGAUAAGGUGCACGGGUUGACAGUCUCUGAUGCAGAGGCAGCUGAGAUUCAUCCUCUGCCACCCAGAUUGAGGUGAGUCACUAUGCCACCACAAGGACUUAGAGCACAUUGGGAAUUGGGCAUUCCAAAUUGGGAGAAAAAGAAAUACCUUUUAUCACUUGUCGCGUUAUUGUGUCGCAUCUGGUUAGGACAUAAUGUCAAAGCUGGGGCUUAUAGGAUUAGGUGAUAAUAAAAAAAGAUUACAAUCACUUCAAUUUUUUUUCCACCCCUUUUUUCUCAGGAUAUCUCAACAUCAUCAAUGCCAGUAGACCUUUUAGUCAGAUUUGAUUUUCUUUUUUGACAUGGAUAAAAAAAAAAAAAAGUUAUUCUAUGAACCCUUUUAUUUUGUAUGAACUUUUAAUUUGCCAGUUGAUAGACUGAAGAAAGUGUUCAUUACAUUUGCCCUAUUGUUGUAGAAUGUAUUAUUAGAGUCCACCAUCCACUGUAGCCGCCCAUUUCUCUAAGUACAUUUUAGGACUUUUUUGUAAUCUGUGUAUAAGUAACUCUGUGUGUCUGCAAGUAUUUCUUGGCCUUGAUUUGAGUGUGUUAGUCCAUUGCGCAGUGUUACAGCCAUUUUCCAUUGCUUUGUUUGUUACAGACAACUGUAAGUGUGUUUGUGUGUAUGUUUGUGUAUUUAUCUGUAAUGAAUUGAGCAUUGAUUCAGAAACACUCCAAGUGUGAAGGAUAGCCAGUAUCACUUAAUUUGUCUUUUAUAGAAUCACACAGUCACCAGAGUUCAGGACCGAUCAGCACUAUCAGGGAUAGAGAUGGAUGUGGAAAUCAUGUUCAGAAAGCAGCUUGUCAUCAAUGUACACUGGGAUGUACAAUGUAUGAACAGGGUAAAUCCUGGUCAUGCACUUUGUUCUCAGCAAGAGCUCAUGAGUAACAUCUGGUUGGUAGAACCUGUGGAGUAGAAUCUGGUUGGUUUUUGGGUUCAUUGUCAUUUCAUCACUUGAAGUUGUGGCUAUACUGUCGAUACACUGCUUUUGUGUGUAUUAUACCAUUUACAUAUGUUUGUAUAGAAAGAGAACCAUUGAAGAAUUAUAUAAUGAUGCCACUACUGAUACUAUGAACUAAUAAUUAGUGCUGCUUAGUUUUUUUGUUGUUGUAGGAAAUGUAUGUUUGUGGUGCCCUGCACAUUUUGUCUAUUUGUUAAGUCGGCUAAAAUCACAAUUAUCAGUCAGGCAGCUUACUACUUGUUCUAGGUUGUUAUGCUAUUUCUAAUCCAGUUUAAAUGUCCAUUCCACUUUUCGGCUUUGGAUUUAUGAUGCUUUUAUAAUUACAGACCCAUUUAAACUUUUUUUUUGUUGCAAAAAAAUAAAUAAAAAUAGUAAUAUAUAUAUAUAUAUAUAUAUAUAUAUAUAUAUAUAUAUAUAUAUAUAUAUAUAUACACACACAGUUGUGCUCAAAAAUUAGCAUACCCUUGGAGAAUUGGUAAUAUAUGUACCAUUUUUAAAGAAAACAUGAGUGAGCAGAUAAAACACAUUUCUUUUAUUUCUUAUGGGAUUCAUAUUCAACUGUAGGUUAUAACAGAAUGGCACAAUCAUAAAACAAAACAUGGCAACAAAGAAAAAAAUGAAAUGACCCCUGUUCAAAAGUCUGCAUACCCUUAGUUCUUAAUACUGUGUAUUGCCCCCUUUAGCAUCAAUGACAGUGUGCAGUCUUUUGUAAUAGCUGUCUAUGAGGCCACAAAUUCUUGCAGGUGGUAUAGGCAUUCGCCAUUCGUCUUGGCAAAAUGCCUCCAGGUCAUGCAGAGUCUUUGGUCGUCUUGCAUGAACCGCACAUUUGAGAUCUCCCCAGAGUGGCUCGAUGAUAUUAAGGUCAGGAGACUGUGAUGGCCACUCCAGAACCUUCACCUUUUUCUGCUGUAACCACUGGAGGGUCAACUUGGCCCUGUGCUUAGGGUCAUUGUCAUGCUGGAAAGUCCAAGAACGUCCCAUGUGCAGCUUUCGUGCAGAAGAAUGCAAAUUGUCUGCCAGUAUUUUCUGAUAACGUGCUGCAUUCAUCUUGCCAUCAAUUUUCACAAGAUUCCCCGUGCCUUUAGUGCUCACACACCUCCAAAACAUCAGUGAGCCACCACCAUGCUUCACAGUGGGGAUGGUAUUCUUUUCGCUAUAGGCCUUGUUGACCCCUCUCCAAACAGCGCUUAUGGUUGUGACCAUAAAGCUCUAUUUUGGUCUCGUCACUCCAAAUUACAAUGUGACAGAAGCUGUGAGGCGUGUCAAGGUGUUGUCGGGCAUAUUGUAACCGGACUUUUUCUGGCAUUGUCGCAGUAAAGGCUUCUUUCUGGCAACUCGACCAUGCAGCUCAUUUCUGUUCAAGUAUCGUCAUAUUGUGCUCCUUGAAACAACCACACCGUCUUUUUCCAGAGCAGCCUGUAUUUCUUCUGAGGUUACCUGUGGGUUUUUCUUUGUAAACAAAACAAUUCUUCUGGCAGUUGUGGCUGAAAUCUUUCUUGGUCUACCUGACCUUGGCUUGGUAUCAAGAGAACCCACUUCUUAAUAAUUGAUUGAACAGUACUGACUGGCAUUUUCAAGGCUUUGGAUAUCUUUUUAUAUCCUUUUCCAUCUUUAUAUAGUUCCAUUACCUUGAUACGCUGGUCUUUUGACAGUUCUUUUCUGCUCCCCAUGGCUCAGUAUCUAGCCUGCUCAGUGCAUCCACGUGAGAGCUAACAAACUCAUUGACUAUUUAUACACAGAAACUAAUUGCAAUUUAAAAAGCCACAGGUGUGGGAAAUUAAACUUUAAUUGCCAUUUAAACCUGUGUGUGUUACCUUGUGUGUCUGUAACAAGGCCAAACAUUCAAGGGUAUGUAAACUUUUGAUCAGGGCCAUUUGGGUGAUUUCUGUUAUCAUUAUGAUUUAAAAAGGAGCCAAACAACUAUGUGAUGAUAAAUGGCAUCAUAUGAUCACUAUCCUUAAAUAAAAGACAGUUUUUUUGCAUGAUCAGUCAUAUUUUUAAAAUCAAUGCCAAUAUUUCACAAUUUCUGCCAGGGUAUGCAAACUUUAUAUAUAUAUAUAUAUAUAUAUAUAUAUAUAUAUAUAUAUAUAUAUAUAUGGUUUUGCAAAUCUUAAAAAAUAUAUAUUUUGUCCAGCUCAAAAGAUGAAAUAUCUUUUGAUGAAAUGUUUACUUUCGAUUUUAACAUUAUACAAAAAGCAUUAUGAAAGGUCAGUGUUUUAAGUAGUUGAUCAUUCCAUGACAUGCUGUUUUUUUUUUUUUUUUCAUAUUGAUGAGCCUGUAUUCAAGUAAAUACUUUGUUAGUAGAUUUUCAUGUUUGAAGACUGGUAACAUUUUAUUUACCAUAUUGAAAAUAUUGUGUAGAUUUUCAAAUAAGUGUGUUACUAAUUUUUAUUUUCUUAAUUUCUACUUAAUUAUGUUUUGUUAUUAUAGAUGUCUCCAGCAUGUUGUACGUUAUCUUCAGUGAAUUUGAUAGUUGUGUGACACACUAAUAUCAAGUAGGCCAGGAAGUGUCUAAUAUCAAGGAGUAUGUAUGUGUGAGUUACCUGGUCUUUAAGUCAUACAGUACAAGCACCAGCUUUUGUGUAACUAUCCAAAUGGCAAACACUCAUGUGUAAUUACAAAGUACCAGCAUUGUUGUAAAAGUUCUGGGGACAACUAAGAAUUACACUUCUACAUUUAUCAGCAAACACUCCGUUGUAUACAAUCAGCAUGUGUUAAUGUACUCGCAAUUAAAACUGUUUUGAGAAGCCACAGUAAUACACUGUGGGAUGUAUCUUUUUUUAAUUUUUUGAGUGAUGUCAAGUGUUGGCCAUGUAGAAAGAAUGUUUCUUCUUUAGCAGUGCAGCCAUGAUUUGUGCUGGAAUUGGAGUGCUUGUAGACAUGUUUUAUGUUCAAAUCACAGCUUUCCUACUUUUUUUUUUUUUUUUUGCAAAUUAAUUUCAAUCUUGUGUUUGUACAACAUUUAACUGUUAGUCGUGGAACAUUAUGUAUUGUAGACAAAAGGGAAAUAUACUGAGAAAAUAACUGCAAAAAUCCAGUCAAAAGCUUUCUUUCACUAUUUGAUCACAUUUGACUGCGCCAGUGCCAAGUGCUGUGGAUUGUUUUUUUAUUAUUAUUGAUUUUAAUAAAAAGCACUGCAUCUAUAUGAAAUCUAGAGCUUAACUAGUAUUUUGCAUAGUAAAUUCUUAGAUUUCCAAAUCAGGUCUGCUUUUGUACUGUAAAACUUUCAUCAGGAUUGUUCACCUGUAGUGUUGCUUGCUGUGGUAUUAUUUGCGUUGUCUAUCAUAUUUUCUGUUUAUGAAACUUGUUAAACAAUUUUCUCUAAGAUGAAACAGUGGUCCAAAAAUGAUUUAAUAAACGUAAUAUAUGAUUUGA